AUCUCAAAUGACUGGCGCAGUGGGAGGCUGCUCAUAAAACACUUCCACACAAUCAAACACACACACACGCUGGCAGGCAGCUUGUCUCAAAUCUCUUGGAUCAAAUCAUUCUUGAAUGCUAAGCAGCACAGUCUGUUGUUUUGUUGUCCAUGUUGCUAAGCGACCAUCAGCAAGUCAAAGGCUGAGAGAAAAGACAAAUCCCAAAAGAAAACGAGACGUGGUGGAGGGCAGGAAAUUGCAAGUUUUUAAGAGCCAGUCAAUGUGGGACACGAGGUCUCUCGAGAAGAUGGUGAAUAGGACGACUCUAAGCACACAGAGAGUGCUCCAUGCACACAUUCUGGAACUAGGGGAACAGUUAUGUCCAUGGUCAUCUCCCAGUGCUCCAAAUCUGGUCAAUCCACAGCCUGUGACUGAACAAGAGCAGCCUGACGUCCCCACCAUGGAGGAAUUUAAGCAGCUGGCAGAGAAGGAGAAACACGCUGCCCUUAAACUCCAAGAGGAGAGUCUGCAGGCCCGGUUUCAAGAGGCCCUGCAAGCAAGGGACAGGCUGGAGGCUGAAAUGAGGCGAGAGCUCCAGGUCGAGCUGCAGGCCCAGUUCAGAGCUCGAUUUCAAGGCCUGAGGGCUCAGAUGGAGGAAGACAAGGUCCAGGCCGUAGGGGAGGCCUGCAGGAAGCUGCAAGAACAGCUGCACAAAGAAGCAGAGGAGACCAGAGAGAAAAUAAUACACACUGUACGAGAAGAGACACAGGAGUGUGUGAGGAGGUGUGUGCAGGAUGCUGAGAGAAGCAUUCGUGAGGAGUGUGACAUGAAGGCAGAAAGACAGAAACAGGCCCUACAGGACAGACAUGAAGAGAAGAUAUCUAAGCUACAAAACAGGAUACAGCAGCUGCAGGACAGUCUGGAGCAGGCCUGCAGGGAGCGCAUUCAGUAUGAAGCAGAGUUUAAGAAGGUGCAGGCCAGCUACAGGCGGUUUGUGGACCUGACUGAUUCCUCCCUCCACUCUGAUUACCUCUUAAAACUGCGCAGACUGGGGAGAGAGCCAGGUCUCACGGACACUGCGACACAGACUGAUGAGAUCACCUCCUAGCUUGUGAUGGCAGUGUGCACACUGUCUGGGUAUUUGACAUGUCAUAGCAGUCACAGCAGUGUCCUGCACGACACGCUGUACUUUGUCUAAAACCAUUUGAAACAUGUAUUAAUGUUAAAAGAUUGUGGUAUCUAAAAUAUACUUUCACUAAUACAUUUAUCUUUACAAAGUAUUUUUUAGUAAUGAAACAUGUCAACUCUUUCAUAAUAAAUAGAAUAUGUAUUGUGUUGCAAGAUAAAAUCUAGUACAGCACAUUUUGCUGUCUGCAUGUAAAACUAUGUUGAACUAAUUGGUUUAUCAGAUCAAAUUUUAAUAAAUAAUUC